AUUGCAUUAAAACAUUUUACACAGGCAUGUAUCGAACUGCACGCCGAAGUCAUCAGUCAGUGACCGCAGGGUCCUUUCAGUCACUGUACGCCUGUCACGCCGUAGUUUCCAGUCUUCUAUUAUGUCAAACCAUUUGAAUGUUAAAGUGUCAGAAACUUAAGUUAUAGUAUAUACUAUAGUGUAUUAAAAUUGCAAGUAUGUUUAAACUCUUGUUUCUGUGUUCAAAUAAGGAUGCUAUACUCCAAACAUGAGUUCCAAGCAGAGACGAAUAAACUGCUGGAUAUUGUGUCCAGAUCACUGUAUUCUGAGAAAGAGAUGUUCAUCCGAGAGCUCAUCUCAAACAGCAGCGAUGCGCUGGAGAAACUGCGGCACAAGAUGAUCACAGCAGGAGGAGAUACAGCAGCAGUGGAGAUCCACCUGCAGACAGAUGCUGCCAAAGACACCUUCACCAUCCAGGUACCUUCAACACACAACUCCUGCAUCACGGCUCUGUGAGGGGCUCAAGAACAGAAUCAUGCAUCAGAAUCAGAUUAAACAGCUGUCAAUGAUACUUUUUUCAGACUACUCAUGUUCCAUUACCGUCACUUUAA